AUGAUCCCGCGCCGCAGUUACGAUGCUAGUAGCGCCUCGCCAGCUUUCCAAGCAGCGCGCUGUGUCACCUGUUUACGCCAAUUCCGCCGCCGCCUCUCCAUCGGUAGCGCGACCCGCACGCUCGUCGUCAUGUCGCGCCGGGGCUUUCCGCCAGUUGCGCCGCCAGCGGCGGUUCUCGUUGUUCUUCUCCUCGUCGCAGCGGCAGCUGGCGGCGCGCGCGGAUUGCGCGGGAACGCGGUGCAACCCCGCAAGCUGGCCGUUGGCGGAAGCGGCGGAGACUCUCCGCGGAGGAGAGCGGCGGAGCUAGUGAAAGAAUCCGCCCAUGCUUCCGCAAUGACGGAGGCGCAUGUUCCGCCGCUGCAGCUGAUUCUGGCGGAAGAAGGCCGCGCGGAGGGCGCAGUGUGCUUGGACGGGUCGGCCCCAGGGUUCUACUAUCGGAAGGGCUACGGCUCGGGACAGAACAACUGGGUGCUGUUCUUCGAGGUCUGUUCAUUCAUUCUUCCCCUCACUUUGUUUACCUUCCAUUCCCCCUCCUAUCCCUUUUCCCUCCCCCUUCCUCCUCCCCCUUUCCCCUCCCCCUUUCCGCGCCCGCCAUUGCAGGGCGGCGCGUGGUGCGCGUCCCCGCACGCCUGCGAGUACAGGGCGCGCAUGCACCUGGAGUCCGCAAAGCAUGCGCGCUCACACCCCCUUCCCCCUCCCCCCUCCCCUUUCUCCCCCAAAUGCCAGGGCGGCGCGUGGUGCGCGUCCCCCCAUGCCUGCGCGUACAGGGCGCGCAUGCACCUGGGGUCGACGAAGCACGCGCGCUCAAUAGGGGAGAUGCUGGAUAAGCAGAACGGCAGCAUGCAGGGCAUGCUCAGUGGCAGCAAGACCGUCAACCCUGACUCAAUUUCCCCUGUAAAUUUGAACUUUAUCCCUUCUGUCCCUAUCCGUUCCCCCCUUUCCUUCCCCUCCCCCCAGGGCAUUCCGCUGUACAUGCGCGGAAGGAAAGUGGCGGACGCGCUGGUUAAGCACCUCAUGGAGAAGAAGGGGCUUGACCACGCUGAGAAGGUGAGAAGAGGGGAGGUGGUGUUGUGGAGUUCAGCGGGGAGACUGGCACUGCUGCUUUUGGGAAAAGAACCUUGGGUUUGGUACAAAGUAGUGCCAGUGCCUUCGCAGGUUUGGUACAAAGUAGUGCCAGUGAUUCUCUUCCACCCUUCAUCAACCGCGCAGGUGGUUGUGACCGGGAGUUCGGCGGGAGGCGUGGCGGCGCUGCUGCACUGCGAUCGAGUGAGGGACACUCUCACAGCCGCCUCUCCUUCCAUGCACGUCCGCUGCCUUGCUGACGCUUCCAUGUUCCUUGACGUGUAA